UAGCAAAGGUGUUAUGAAGGGGGUAAUCUGGUGGAUUUGCUGUUUAUUUCGCCAACAGAAUUAGAGCAGUCCUGCCACUCAAACUCAAACUCAAACACGAUUGCAGUGUUACAGAAAUAGUUUAUGGUCGAAGCAGAUGACAUCCCUCACCUACUCCACUAUUUCCAAAACAAUUACGAAAACUCAAUUGUCGCCAAUCGGAAUCUUCUUCCAAGUGAUGUCCACACCAAAAACAAAAUCGAACCGAUUGAAAAAGUCUUGUUGUGCAUUAGUUUGUCUCUAUCGGCUGUCUGUUUUCGGUUGGAAAUAUCGUCGAACAGUUGGGCUUCUUAACAAAUGCUGGACAAUGACCAGGUCUACGACUGUACGUCGAUAUCCUCAAUUCUUAUUUCUUUAUUCCGAUUACAAACGAGUGUUACAUAACAUCGAAUAUGCGGAGAGAGAAAAGGCGAGGCUCUAUGGGUGUGCCAAAUGUAGCCGUUUGCUAUCUAAAUUUCUUCGUGUAGUCCGGAAGAAGAUACUGUUCAUUUUACAGAAAUGGGUUCAAGAAUUCCGGUAUGGAUGCUGAUUGCUUUCAGUCAAGUUAUCGUAAUCACAGCAGUGACGAACCAAAAUGAUGUUGCUGUGCUAAAUGCUAUAAAAUCUAGCUGGCAGAAUCUACCACCUGAUUGGAGUGGUUCUGAUCCUUGUGGAAGUAAUUGGGAAGGAAUUAAAUGUACAAACUCACGAGUAAUCUCCUUAGUGUUAGCAGGCAUGGGGGUGAAAACUAACACCAUUGGAGACAUUCCAUCACUUUCCCAAUUGGAAUAUUUAGAUCUUUCCAACAACAAAGGGAUUAAAGCACCUCUUCCACCAACAAUUCAGAAUUUGAAGAACUUGACAACACUAAUCCUGGUUGGUUGCAAUUUCUUUGGUCCAAUUCCUGAUUCCAUAGGAUCCCUCGAGCAGUUAGUCUUUUUAGGUCUGAAUAAUAACAGCUUCACUGGAAAUAUCCCAAGAUCCAUUGGCAAUUUAGCCAAUCUUUUAUGGUUGGAUCUUACUGAUAACCAGCUUCGUGGAGCCAUUCCUGUCUCAAAUGAAACAGACCCUGGUCUUGAUUUUCUAGUCAAAGCAAGGCACUUUCAUUUUGCAAACAAUCAGUUAUCAGGUGUUAUUCCAUUUAGACUUUUCAGCUCAAGUAUGAGUCUAAUACAUGUGCUAUUCAACAAUAAUCAAUUAUCUGGAAAAAUCCCAUCUUCGAUGGGACUAGUGGAUACUCUUGAGGCAAUACGCUUGGACUCAAAUUCAUUGGAUGGGAAUAUGCAUAGAAACAUCACAAACCUCAAAAGAGUUGGGGAGUUGUACUUAUCAAACAACAACCUAAGUGGACCUUUUCCAAACCUCAUAGGAAUGGAAUCCCUCUUUUAUGUGGACAUGAGCAAUAACAGUUUUGAUGCUUCAGAUAUCCCUACAUGGUUCUCACUUCCAUCAUUGACAACAAUACUGAUGGAUAAGACACAACUUCAAGGGGAAAUCCCAUCUGAUGUCUUCCAACCUCAGUUGCAAAGAUUGGGGCUAAGUAACAAUGCUCUUAAUGGAACCUUGGAUGUUGGCAACAGCUAUAGAAGUGAUUUGAUUGUUGAUCUAACAAAUAAUUCCAUUGGUGACUUUACUCAGAAAUCUGAAUAUAAUAUGAACUUAAUUCUUGCCAAUAAUCCACUAUGUGAAGGUGGAACAACAGGAAGAUAUUGUUCAGCUAGAAACCCUAAUUUACCAAAUGGUUUUCCAUCCAAUAAUAAUUGUCCACCUGUCCGUUGCCCUUCGGAUAAAAUUCUAAGUCCAAAUUGUGCAUGCACACAUCCAUACACAGGAACCAUAUAUUUUCUGUCUUAUUCUUUUUCAAACUUGGAAAACUCCACAUACUAUAUGCUUCUCCAUGAUGCUUUGAUAUCAGCUUUUAGGUCAAGUCAACUUCCUGUGGAGUCAAUUUCUGUUUCAAAUGCACGUGUUAAUGAGUUUUCAUACCUUCAAUAUACAUUGCAUGUAUUUCCCUCUGGUCAAGAUUUUUUUACUCGGUCAACUAUCUCCUCUAUUGGGACUGUGAUCAACAGACAAAACCUAUUUUCUCUCCCACAGUUUGGACCCUUGUUCUUUCUUGAUGAUAGCUAUUGUUGUUUUCCAGGUGUACAUGGGCAAAUAACAGGAAACAAAUCAUCGAAUCAUGGCAUCAUCAUUGGGGCAGCAGUUGGUGGUUGUGUGAUCCUAUUACUAAUAGCCUUGGCUAUAACCUAUGCCAUCUAUCAGAAAAGAAACGCAACAAGAGCAAAACACAGCAACCCUUUUGCAUCUUGGGCGUUGGAUAAUGGAAGUAUUGUGGGUGGUGUUCCUCAACUGAAAGGAGCAAGAUGGUGUUCAUUUGAAGAACUCAAAAGAUGCACAAACAAUUUUUCAGAAGAAAACUUAAUUGGAUCUGGUGGAUAUGGACAGGUGUAUAAAGGGACUCUUGACUCUGGUCAUGUAGUAGCAAUCAAAAGAGCUCAACAAGGGUCAUUACAAGGUGCUCAUGAAUUCAAAACAGAAAUCGAGCUUCUUUCAAGGAUUCAUCAUAAAAAUGUUGUAGCCCUAGUGGGAUUCUGUUAUGAACAAGGUGAACAAAUGCUGAUCUAUGAGUACAUUUCAAAUGGUACUCUUAAAGAUAAUCUUACAGGAAAAGCGGGAAUGAGGUUGGAUUGGGUGAAGAGGCUUAGAGCAGCUCUUGAUUCUGCAAAAGGGCUGACAUAUAUGCAUGAGCUUGCUAAUCCUCCAAUCAUUCACAGAGACAUCAAAUCAACUAACAUUCUUCUUGAUGAUAAUUUAAUUGCUAAAGUUGCUGAUUUUGGAUUAUCAAAACUGUUGGGAGAUGAUUCAAAGGGUUAUGUAUCUACUCAAGUCAAGGGGACAUUGGGUUACAUGGAUCCCGAAUACUACAUGACCCAACAGUUAACCGAAAAGAGUGAUGUUUACAGUUUUGGAGUUGUACUUUUGGAGCUUUUAACCGCAAGAUCACCAAUACAUAAGGGUAAAUUCAUCGUGAAGGAGGUAAAUGAGGCAAUUGGAAAGUCGGGGGACCUAAACGGUCUAUACAGGAUUCUUGAUCCUUCUCUUGGUUCUUCACAAAACCUUGGAGGUUUGACUGAAUUUCUAAACCUGGCAAUGAGUUGUGUCCGAGAUUCAGGAGUUGAAAGGCCUAAAAUGGGAGAGGUUGUGAGAGAGAUUGAAAGAAUUAUAGAUUUGGCUGUUUUAAGCCUUGAUGCUGAGUCAGCUUCUAGUUUUUUAAGUCAAAAUAAAGGAGAAGUUGGGGAUCUUUAUCAUCCGUAUGGUGAUUCGGUCUCUGAUGUGAGUAGUUUGACUCUACCAUUUGAAACAGAACUGAGAAGGUGAAUUGUGGGAAGAUGAUGAAAACAAGAACAUUUGUUGGUAUAUAUGGAAACAUAUGGAAGAAUACUUAUUGAUAUGUAGAUUUAGAAUGAUUCAAAUUGUAUGAUGUUUAUGAUAUGCUGUUUUUACUAUACUAUGUUGAAACAAACUAAAA